CUUUCGUGUUAAACACUUUUAAAUCGUUCUUAUUUAUACGCGUUUGCUCAUCAACAUGUCUGCGAACAAGUACAAAACACCAGCCUUCGUGACGUCCUCUGAUGAUGAUGAAGCUGGUCUCGCUGCUGCUGCUGCUGCAGACGCUGAUCCAGACCGCCACGCGCUGCCGACGGGGAAGCCACCCAAGGAGGAUCUCCGCUCAACCGCGGCUGCGGGUGCAGGUGCUGCUGGGACUGGCUUCAAGACGUCCGAUGGCAUUGCAUUCAAUCUUAUUCCCAAUGGAAAGCGUCGCAUCACAGUCCGCCGGUUUUCGGGUAAAAAGUACGUCGACAUCCGCGAGUUUUACGACGACGAUUCCGGCGAGCUCAAGCCAGGCAAGAAGGGCAUCAUGCUCAACGAGGAGCAGUUUACAGCAUUGCUUGGCAUGGCGGACAACAUCCGGAACGCAUUGCAAAAGAUUUGAAUCGGUUUCACUUUGUUUGAAUGGUUUCAAAAGGUGUUUCUGGUCUGUGCUAUCCUGUAUCAUACACAACGAUUUUUCAU